UAAUUAGAGAACAGAAUGCAUUUUUACAUUCAAGUUUUGUUUUCGCAACAAAGUAGUCAACAUUUUGAGGGAAGAUGAUGCGCUUGCGUGCGAACUCAAGCCGCCUGCCAAUUUUUAUAAGCAUUCAAAUACUAAUACUGGCGGUAUUUUUAGAAAAUCUACAAUUAACCGAAUGCUGUUAUGAUACUCAGGAAUGUUAUACGCCGCGCAACUUUAAAGGCUAUUAUUACAGGAAAAAGGAUAUGCAAAGACUAACCGAAAAGCAGAAAACCCAGUGUGAGGGGUAUUGUCAGGAUGGUAAUAUUACGCUUAUUUGUUGCGCAUUUCGAGAUGAGCCGGAGAAGCAUCGUUUACUCUACCAGUCAUGUCUAGAAGCUCAUUCGCCCUAUGGAUUUAUCACAUUUGGUGUGGUGGCGAAGCCCAACGAAUUUCCAUACAUGGCUGCUAUAGGUUGGCGAGUUCGAGAUCAAAAUGGUACAGAGAGCAUAGCUUACAGAUGCGGUGGAACAUUAAUCGACAGCAGAUAUUUGCUAACAGCUGCGCACUGUCUCUACCACUCUAGUGAUCCGCCUGUUGUGGUGCGUCCAGGCGGAUUCGAUUUGAAUAGUACCACUGCGACUGAUUAUGAUAUCGAUCAGAUUAUUGAACAUCCAAAUUAUGAAUACCCAGCAAUUUACAAUGACAUAGCGCUCAUUCGUAUGACAAAAGGAUAUUUCAGCGGAAUACCCCAAGUGGCUAAAGCUUGCAUCUGGUAUGGGUCAUUGGCUGAGGAGCAGCUCACCGCUAUAGGUUAUGGGGAUACACAAUUUGCUGGCGCCUCCUCACCGCUCUUAAUGAAAACGAGUUUGUCUACAAUUACGAACGAAAAAUGUAAUACUUAUUAUGAACAGGAUGAAGACUUGCUGAGGUCAGCUGUAAUAGCUACGCAGCUGUGUGCUAAAGAUCAUGAAAAAUUACGAGACACAUGUCAGGGAGACUCCGGUGGCCCACUCGUAAGACAUGAGGAAAUAGAAGGUUACAGUCGGAUAGCUUAUAUUGUGGGUGUAACCUCUUUUGGCAUCGGAUGUGGUACUGGCACCCCCGGAAUUUAUACACGCAUUUCGGAAUAUUAUGAUUGGAUUGAGGAAAAGGUUUAUAAGUAGAAAUAUAUUUGUUUAAGCUCUCACAUACUUAAGUACUUAUACAUAAUAAAAGUUAUAAAAAAAAAAACAAGUUGGAAA